AUACUCCAAUCUAGCUAGAGAGCUCAAGAGCAAGAAACCUGAUUCACAUGAGUAAACCUUCUCUCUGAUCCAGUGAUAUUGCCUUGGGUGGUAUCUUGCCCCUGUGUUAACAGAGUGAAUACAAAGACUUUCAAAAUCUUUGUGUUUCAAAAACACAAAGGAUUUAAAAAUCCUGCCAACACAACUUGAAACCAAGUUAAGGAUUUUCUUUGGGCCACGAGUGAAAGACGUGAAACAAUUUAUUUCCUGAGAUGAUGACCUACCCAAGAGAUUGCUGUAGAAAAUUACCUAUAAUGAAUGAAAAUCAUAAAGAAUCUCAACCCAAAGUAGACCACGUGGACGACAACUUUGCAACUUGCCUUCUCAGGCUCUUAGUGAUGGUUCUUAUUUUUUAUGUAUUCCGGGAGGAAUGUUUUGGAAAUAAGAAAAGAAAAGGAAAUGAUCAACUUAAGGAAAAUGAUCAACUUAGGAAGGAAAAUGAUCAACUGAAGGAAAAUGAUGAGAGGAAAGCUCAAUUUAGGAAUGGCUGGCAGAAGUCAUUGUUGUAUCCUGACUGGAGGAAAGAAUUUUUCCAGGCUGUGACUAUUACUCUGGAUCCAGACACAGCCCAUCCUAGCCUCAUCUUGUCAGAAGGGAACAGACGUGUAACCUGGGGAGAGAAGUCUCAAGAUCUACCUGAGAACCCACAUAGAUUUUAUUCCUUUCCUUGUGUGCUGGGUCUUCAGGUCAUCACCUCAGGGAGGUGCUACUGGGAAGUGGAAGUUGGAGACAGUCAAGCCUGGGACCUGGGACUCUGUAGGCCUCAUGUAAUGAGGAAGGGAGGGAUUUCCAUCAAACCUGAAGAUGGUUUCUGGGCCAUCAGGUCUUGUAAUGAUGAGUACUGGGCACUUACCUCUCCAGAAACACAACUUAUUCCAAAGGAGCAUCCUGCCAGAGUAUGUAUUUUCCUAGAAUAUGAGGAGGGACGUAUCUCAUUUUAUAAUAUGACAGAUAAAUCCCACAUUCACACCUUUUCUCAAGGCUCCUUUGAGGGGCCCUUAAAGCCUUUUUUCAGGCUUUGGCCCAGUGAUUCAGCAUGUUUGACCAUCUGUCCAGUGCUUGAAGCAGCACAGAAUCCCCUGUGCUAGGAGUAUCAUAAAGCUGCAGGUCAGUGUGGAUGGAAGCAUCUGAUCAUGACAUACAUUCUCCUAUACCAGAAGCAAAUUAUUUUUUCUUAUCCCAUAUUGUGGUUCUCCCUAUCAUUUUAUCUUCUUCAUAAAUAGUUCCCCCAAAGCAUGGUGCAGGGUAAAAAAACUGUGUUGCUCAUGGCAUGUUUCAAGAAAAAAAAAUAUGUAUAUAUAAACACAUAAAUAGACUCAUAUAAUAUGAUCAUACUAUCAUUGUAAGGAUAUACAAGGAACUAGUGCAUGUGAUUGCCCAUACAGUAUUGUAAUUUCUUAAGAUUCCAACUUUAAAAUGGCAAAGGUAGGAAUGAGGGGAGAAAACCUUUUUAUUUUAUACAAUUUUGUAACUUUGGGUUUUGUACUACAUUUAUAAAGGGAUAUGCAGAAAAAUAAAAUUAAAACUUUCAAAUAAAUAA